AUGUUACAUUUCUCUAUUGUGUUUAACGAGAUACUUUCGAAUCAUAAGGAUCUCAAAUGGGUCACAUUUCACGGCCUCUACGACUUUGCAUAUCUUUGGAGGCUUUUAGGUGGGCAGAACUUGCCAAAUUCGACUUCAGAGUUCGCGGUCAUGCUUGGACGUAUUUUUGGAUUUGUGUACGAUGUCAAGUACAUGGCUAAAUUUUGCGAAGGGCUAAUAGAUGGUGAACUGGGGUUAGAAAGGUUAUCGAAGAUUUUAGAGGUUGAAAGACUGGGUCGUACUCAUCAAGCGAGCUCGGACAGUUUAUUGACGACUGCUGUUUUCUUGAGAAUGAAGAUGGUGUACGGGUUUGAAGAAGAAUGCUUCAAGGGUUUUUUGCUUGAUACGUAUCAUACUAUAGCAUUUGAUACUGAGUUCCCGGGAUUCUUGCAUCGGACCCCGAGGCACUCUUCUGAAGAGAAAGUAUACGAAGAUCUCAAGUACAAUGUUGACCAAACAAAAAUUGUACAACUAGGAUUAACGUUAUUGGAUGAUGAAGGCAAUAUUGGUGGCACUUGGCAAGAGAAGAGGGAUGCAGUUGACAUGUUACAUUUCUCUAUUGUGUUUAACGAGAUGCUGUUGAAUCAUAAGGAUCUCAAAUGGGUCACAUUUCACGGUCUCUACGACUUUGCAUAUCUUUGGAGGCUUUUAGAUGGGCAAGACUUGCCAAAUUCGGCUUCGGAGUUUUCGGUCAUGCUUGGACGUGUUUUUGGAUCUGUGUACGAUGUCAAGUACAUGGCUAGAUUUUGCGAAGGGUUGAUGGAUGGUGAAUUGGGUUUAGAAAGGUUAUCCAAUAUUUUGGAGGUUGAAAGACUGGGUCGUGCUCAUCAAGCGGGCUCAGACAGUUUAUUGACGGCCGGUGUUUUCUUGAGAAUGAAGAUGGUGUACGGGUUUGAAGAAGAAUGUUUCAAGGGUUUUUUGUGGGCAAAGAUAUCAUAUCGCAAAGGUGUUGCAUGA